UCCUGGCAACUGGGCGGGGUUUCUCCGUGAUUUUGCAGCUUCAGGUCUCCACCAAUGCAGUGGAAACACAAUUUCUCUGUGGCCUAGAAGUAGCAAAGGUUAAACGGGUGAAAUCGACCGGCCGCUAGACUGAGGACAGACACACGAACAGGAGCGUGCAGCAAUGUCUCCCUUCGAAAAUAAAGGACUAAUGCUGGGCAUAAUGGCAGGGACUGCUGGAUUAAGCCUGGUGCUGGUUUGUUACCGCAAGAUCCGAAAGCCUGGUGCAUCUGUGCGUAUUCGUGCGUUACAGAAUAUAGGUAACAGAAUUAAUUCUGUGGGCUUGCCAAAUGAGGCUCCUAAUGAGCAUGGAGCAGUAAUGGUUUUACAUGGAAGGCAACUGCAGAUACUAGAAAAAUUGAAUGGCCUGCUACUAAGUGUGGAUGAACUGAAGAGAGAGGUGGAAUGUCUGAAAGAAGCUAUUCCAAAACUUGAAGAGCUUGUUCGAAAUGAGCUUCAAGGAAAGGGUGAUGUUCAGAGAGUUAGCCCAUCGCACAGAGCAACAAGGCGGAGAAAAGCAGAGACAGCUCCUAGUGCAAGAGAAACUACCAGCUCUGAGGAGGCAGAAAGUGAAGGAGGUUACCUUACUGCUCAUACUGAUUCUGAAGGAGACUCCGAGGAAGAAAAGAGAUGUAUGAAAUCACCUGAUGCCAUGGUGGAAUCAGAAGAAGAUGAGGACUUACUUAAUUUUUUACAGCAGGUGGACAAUUUGCACAAGGGUUCAGAGGUUGAUAAAAAGGAGGGCUUCAGGCUGCUGCUUGAGAACCAUGACAAGUACGAAAACUGUGUGGACUUUCUUUGGAGGCUUGCACGUGCUUAUGGAGAUCUGUUUGAGAUGACUACUGAUGCUGAGGAGAAGAGGAAAUAUGUAACUGAUGGAAAGAUUAAAGCUGAAAAAGCUAUUCAGCUGGAUGCUGGGAGUGCUGAGAGUCACCAGUGGUUUGCAAUUAUGUGUGGCUAUAUGUCUCAGUUUGAAAGUGUACAAAACAAAAUCAGGAAUGGUUAUCUCUUUAAGGAGCACCUAGACAAGGCAAUUGAACUUAAGCCUCAAGAUCCCUUUUUAUAUUACCUAAAUGGAAGAUGGUGCUAUUCAGUAGCUCAGUUGUCUUGGCUUGAAAAGAAAGUAGCAGCUGCUCUCUUUGGUACUCCACCAACUUCAACAGUAGAAGAAGCAUUGCAGAAUUUCCUUAAGGCAGAAGAAAUGCAUCCAGGAUAUUCCAAAUGCAAUUAUGUGUAUUUGGCAAAGUGCUAUAAAGAUCUUGGCCAGAAAAACAAUGCACUGAAGUGCUGUGAUUCUGCACUGUCAAUUCUCUCAGUUACUAAUGAGGAUAAAGAGGCCCAGAAAGACUUAGAGGCUUUACUUCUUACGCUGAAGCUCUGAUACUACAUACUUUUAACUCUUCAUGCUGCAAUAAAAUUGUAAAACUAAAAUGAGACUGGAAACUGCGGGUAAAUUUCAGCUAAGUCAAUGGAAAAACAGUCAUUGAUUUUGGUUGGUUUGGAUCAUGGCCUUUAAGUGUCUGGCAAUUAUGGUAUUAAAAUAAUACAUUCAUUUUUGAUUAUUUAUAAUCUUGUACUGAAGUUUAAUUUUAGAUUUCUUACACUGUGAGUCUGAUUCUCUGAACAUGAAGUCCACUGCUGGCAAUGGACAUCCUGGGGGUUUGAAUGCAAAAGGAAUAAAUCUCACUCUUUGAAAGAUGAA